GACGCACGAGUCGACACCUGCCCGACAUGGCUGCCAAGGGACUCUGGACAGCUGUCUUCGCGCUGCACCUGAUCACCGCCGUCAGAGGUCAAAGGUGUGGCGGCGAGGUGGACACUUCACUGCACCCAGCAGGCACUAUAACGUCCCCUAGUUAUCCGGAACACUAUCCGGAGGACACGCACUGUACUUGGGUGAUCAAGGCCCCCCAUGGCGAGAAGAUCGCGCUGACCUUCGUGGACUUCGACGUGACUGGCUCCGACGGCUGCUCCGGCGACUACGUGAGCCUGGCCUCUGACCUGACCUCGGAGGGCCAGCGCUUCUGCGGCUCCCAGGGCCCCGGAGACGUGACCUCCGACGGGGACAUCCUCGUGCUGCGCUUCGCCUCCAACGCCCAGGGCUCCUGCAGGGGUUUCAACGCCUCGUACCACGUGAAGGAAGAGUCGCUGUCGUGCGGCGUGGAAACCUCCGCCCUUGAGUUCACGUUUAUUUCCCCCGACUACCCGCAGCCCGUCGGGAACGACUCGAUGGAAUGCUCCAUGACGGUCGACCACGGAUGCGAGUCGCCCAUCUGCCAACUGAGGUUGGACUUCGAAGAUUUCCAGCUGCAGCCACCGUACUGGGGAGACUGCAAAUACGAUCAGUUCUACGCAGAGAGCUCCACUCCCCUGCCUACGCUUUGUGGUGUCAAUAAUGGCUCCCACAUGUACGUGAACGUGGAGGGUCGCAGCAAGACUGAUCUGACCUUCCUGCUGGGUCGUCUCGAGUACUACCUCUACCACUGCUACGACAUCUACGGUUCCAUUCCCGAAGGGGCGGACAUCUCGGAGCACGCCCACUCCCCAGACCACGCCCGUCGGACGCGAGCCCGUAGAGACGUGGGCGAGGAAGGAGAAGAGAAACAGAGAGAAAGAGUAGAAGACAGAAUGGGAAUGAUGGAAGAAGAGGAAAUUCCGGUGGCUCUUCCCGAUCCUUCCUUUGCGAGACAAGGCGGAGGCGGAGCCCAGUCGUCGUCCGCCGUUCCUGUGACGUCCGACGUCGUUGUGACAACCGAGGGUGACGUCACUGUUGCGCUCUACAACUACAAGGAGGCGGACAUCGUCACUUUCCCGACGAGGCGAGGCUGGAAGGUGCGCGUGACUCAGAUCCCCUGUGACUGCCCCAAGUCCCGCGUUCCGAAAGCGCCCGAGGGAUGCCUGCAGUACUACCAAGGCCUCACGGGAGACUUCAAGAGCUUCAACUUCGAGGGCGUCGCCUGCUAUUCUGAGGACCGAUGGUGUGACUUUAGCACCAUCAAGCACCCGUCAGACUGCGAUAUUCGCGUGGGGUACACAGGACACUUCAACGACCUGGACUACAGCAUCUGCGUCGAGCCGGAGUCUGGCUUCUGCGGCAUCCAGUACCAGCAGAUGGGCAGAGACGGCUUCUCGCUCACCAACGCCACCGCCUACCAGGACGACUCUCAUAUUCCUUCGGCUGAGUUCGCGGACUCGGGUUGCAUGGCCGACUACCUGUGGGUGCCAGGCGCUGAGAACGACCAUGGCACUGACACGCACGAGAGGUUCUGUGGCACCAAGCUCGGCAACGCCCGCAAGUGGGGCACUGUCACGACUUACUCCAAGCCCUUCACCGUGCGAAUGGUUUCGGACGCGGACGAGUUCAGUCUUGCUGCCGAUUACAUGAACCGCGGCUUCCACAUCGGCUAUUCCCAAAUACCCUGUAAGCUCUCAGGCUAAAGCAAGACACGGAAGCACGGAUUCAAACAUGUCUUGUCUGACUCUUUAAAUAUUCCCCGAUGCAUUUUUUGCUGGUUUCGUAAAUCUUUUAUUUCCAAGAUUAUUGUUUUUAUCAUGACUAUUAUUUUUUAUUAGCAUUAUCGUUAUCAUCAAUGUUUUCGUUUUUUUUAUGAAAAAUUUCUGUAUAUUGCAAAAUGAUAUUGAAAGUUUUUUUUUUAUAUAUAUUAUCAAGUUCUAAGAAAUCAGAGCCAAUUUCCUUAGGUAGGAGUAAGAUAUAUCACGUAGCUUUGCCUCCAAUGUACAGUCAUUCAUUGUUGUAUGUUUUCUUAUUUUCGUGUUUAUCGUGGUUGUAAGAUGCGGAAUAAAGGAGUAAGCCUCA